GGGAGAGGCGGAAGUGGGGGGGCGGGAGGAUGUGGGCGCGGCCUGGGCGCUACGGUGGCCGGGACGACGCGGCGGGGGCAGUGAGGGGGGUCCGGCUGUCCGGGGGGAGCGGCGCGGCCCCCUCAGCUCCGCGCCAGGCUCCGUGCAUGAGCCCGUCCCGUGAUGAGCUCCAAGGCCAAGAGGGUGCUGCCCACCCGCCCUGAGCCGCCCACCGUGGAGCAGAUCCUGGCGGACGUGAGGGGCACCCGCCCGUCCGACCCCGUCUUCGUGCUCGCCGCGGAGCCGCCCCGGGGCGGCGGGCAUGACGGCAGCCCCUUGCCAGAUUCCCCUGCCCCUGCGAAGCACGUGGACGCCGAGGACGAAAGGGAGCGCCUGUAUCGGCAGAGCCGUUCCUACGUGGAGAUGAACCAGCAGCUGCAGGAGUCCUGCCAGCUGCUGAAGGAGAAAUGUGAGGAGCUGAGGCGGGCGGGAGCGACUUUGGAGCAGGAUAUCUUGGAAAUGAGGCAAAAAGCUUUCUGAGACCGCUCGCCUCCCCUGAGCGGCUGGGGCAGCGGGGAGCACGGAUGGAGCUCGCCCAGCCGGGCUCCUACUUGAUUUGAAAAGCUAGAGCAGGUCCCCGGCACUCAGGACUCCUCUCCCCGGAUUCCAGAGGACUUUGGUAGGUGCCGACCUGCAACAGGCGUCCUGAGGACGUCCCUCGUGACUGUUUGCUUAUUCCUAAGUCACUGAAAGCUACUACAGAGGCAGCUCUGUUUGUGUUAGAUUUACCAGAACUGACGCUGCUGCUGCUGCUUCCCUGCAGCCCCGAGGCCCUGGCAGGCCGCGUGCAUGCGGCUCCGCUGCCAUCUCCCCUCGCCAGGCCUGCGAGGGGCCGCGGGGUUGUUUCUGAAGCUCAGGGCUGUGCCGUGUUCGCAGCCUGACCUUUCCCCUGCGAGUGGCAGUGCUCUCGCUGCUCAUGCCGGGCAGGGAUCCCCGGAGCCGGCCCUCGGAUCCGUCACGAGGACGCGGUAGCGGGUCCCCAGCAGGAAGCCUGGCCCAGCCCGGCUGCAGGAGCAGGAGGCCACGCGCGGAGCUCGCGCUUGCUUUGUCGUUGCUGUGAGCUCAGUGCCGUCGCCCCUGGUAAGUGGCAUGUCUGUGCCCUCGCACCACCGGUUCACCUAUGACUUCUCCAUCUGGUACUGCCCUGAGGACGACAGCAUCGCCUCGGACAUCUCCGAGGUCUUGAAGAACGAGGGGUUUCAGGGCUACACAGAGCAUCAGGACCAAGUGGCAGGGACGUCCGUCGCCCUAACAGCCACCCAGGUCAUUCAGGCCAGCCGAGUUGCCAUCAUUCUCCUGUCCACCAGGUCUCUAGGUGACCGUUGGUGCCAGCGUGUCUAUGAGUGGAACCUGCACAACAACAUCCACAAAGAUGGGACCAAGAUCAUCCCUGUUUAUGUGAACAUAAAGAAAGAUCAAGUGCCCAUGUUUCUACAGCACCUUACCGAACUGGAAUAUGGAAACCGCUACUUCUACAAGAGGCUUGUGGACAGCCUGAGAAAAUCUCGGUCACGGGCAAGCAAAGCGCAGUGCGCGUGUUCCUCCAGAGCAGCCCAAGCGAAGAGCUGAGAGCCCCGCGUGGCUGGGGGCAGCGACGGGCCCGUCCCUGGAGGUCGGUGUUGGGUUUUGUGGCCCGUUCCGUGUCUGGGGUUUGCUUGUCCAUCCCUGCGAUGACAGCAGGGGCGGGAGUGGAGUCGUGUUGUCUGUUAAUAAAGCUGUUGGUGGUGGGAA